AUUUCUCUUAUUAAAGGCACAGUGUAUUUCUCUACUUUCCUUGCAAUUCACAUCCCUACCCACAGUUAGACUUCUCGGAAGUCCUUUUAAGUUCUUCCAUCAAAAUUAGGCUAGUUCAGGAACACGCAGAAGAAGCGUUCUUCUAACCAAGAAGAGAGUUGCAUACCUUGAUCAUUUGAAAAAACUUUAAAAAAUCAUCAUCUCAUCCACAGCCCCAGCAGGCCUUUUUCUACCCAAGGUGUUACUAGUUUGUGGGUUGUGGGUACUCUUCUUCAACACACCCAAGAAUCAGAUUUUCAAACAGGAAUUUCUAAACCUUCCGGCCUCCUUAGAACUCAUUUCCAUUUACCAAAAGAAAAGGGCUGACAUUAGUUCUUUUUUAUGCAUACUCAGCAUUAAUAAAUUGUUUUGGCUCAAGUGUCUUUUGAAACCAGCCCCAAAUUUCCAGUUCCCCUUCCUGAUCAACUGAGAAAAAGUUCGGUUAAUCGUAAGCCUUGGAUAUCCAAACGAUACUCAAUAUCUCAUGGAUACAACAUCAAAAACCAUCUUGCUAUUUUGCAUUCUUAUUUCCCUGUUCCUUAUCUCCUCCGCUCAAAGCUGCUCAAACUACACCUUUUCAGGGACCAAAAUCUUCAAGUCAUGCAAAGAUCUUCCAUAUCUGCAGGCCCAUCUCCACUGGAACUACAUUGCAUCCACCAGAAAAGUUGACAUUGCAUACAGGGCAACUCCAACUUCUCCAGGAUGGAUUGCAUGGGCUAUCAACCCAACUGGAACAGGCAUGGUUGGCUCAGAGGCACUUGUUGCUGUUCUCAACCCUAAUGGAAGCAUGACUGCUUACACCACACAGAUAAACAGUUACAACCCUUCAAUGCAACCAAGAGCUCUCAGCUUUGAGGUCUCUAACAUCAGAGCAGAAUAUUCAACCAAUGAGAUGAUUAUCUUUGCCAUUGUCGGCCCACUGAAGAAUGGAACUACUGUUAACCAUGUCUGGCAAGAUGGAAAUUCAGUUUCACACAAUAUCCCUCAGAUGCAUUCAACAUCUGGGCCAAAUAUUCAAUCAAUGGAAAAACUGGAUUUUCUGUCAGGAUAGGAACAAAUACUGGAGAAGGAACUUUACUGUCCCUGGUUCAAGUUUGGCACCCUUAUAUUCCACUAGUUUGAUCAUGUGUAUCCUGUCUUUUCAUAUAAAUCUCAAUUAUCCCUAUCAUUAUCAGUAUCAUCAUCAGCAUCAUCAAUGUUUAUGUGGAUUUUAUAUCAAGUGACUGGCUAUUAUAUUUUGUGUUUUCUGUU